GGAAGCACGUACAUGCUCACGCAGGAUGAGGUCCUGUGGGAGAAGGAGCUGCCUUCUGGUGUGGAGGAGCUGCUCAGCAAGGGGCAAGACCCCCUGGCCGACCGGGGUCAGAACACGCUGACCGGCGCCCCUCAGCCAUUCACCUCCCGCAACAAGACCCGCGUGGUCACCUACCGGGUCCCUCACAAUGCUGCCGUGCAGGUGUACGAUUAUAGGGAGAAGAAAGCUCGCGUGGUCUUUGGGCCUGAGCUGGUGUCCCUGGGACCCGAGGAGCAGUUCACGGUGCUGUCCCUCUCGGCUGGGCGGCCCAAGCGUCCUCACUCCCGCCGGGCGCUCUGCCUGCUGCUGGGACCCGAUUUCUUCACGGACGUCAUCACCAUCGAGACCGCGGACCACGCCCGGCUGCAGCUUCAGCUGGCCUACAACUGGCACUUUGAACUCAAUGACUGGAAGAACCCCCAAGAGGCAGCCAAGCUCUUCUCGGUGCCUGACUUUGUGGGGGACGCCUGCAAGGCCAUUGCCUCCCGGGUGCGGGGGGCCGUGGCUUCCGUCACCUUUGACGACUUCCACAAGAACUCCGCCCGGAUCAUCCGCACUGCCGUCUUCGGCUUCGAGGCCCUGGGAGCCAAGGAGGCCGAUGGCGGCAUCUCUCUGCCCAAGGCCCGGGACCGGGCCAUCUUCCCGCAGAACGGGCUGGUGGUCAGCAGCGUGGACGUGCAGUCCGUGGAGCCUGUGGACCAGAGGACGCGGGACGCUCUCCAGCGCAGCGUCCAGCUAGCCAUUGAGAUCACCACCAACUCCCAGGAGGCAGCUGCCAAGCACGAAGCUCAGAGACUAGAGCAAGAAGCCCGGGGCCGACUUGAGAGGCAGAAGAUCUUGGACCAAUCAGAAGCUGAAAAGGCUCGCAGGGAACUUUUGGAGUUAGAAGCUCUAAGCACGGCUGUGGAGAGCACCGGGGCUGCCAAGGCGGAGGCCGAGUCCCGGGCAGAGGCGGCACGGAUCGAGGGACAGGGCUCCGUGCAGCAGGCCAAGCUGAAAGCAGAGGCGUUGGCCAUUGAGACGGAAGCUGAGCUACAGCGGGUAAGGAAAGUCCGAGAGCUAGAACUGGUCUAUGCCCGCGCCCAGCUGGAGCUGGAGGUGAGCAAGGCCAAGCAGCUCAGUGAGGUGGAGAUCAAGAAGUUCCAGCAGAUGACAGAGGCCCUGGGCCCCAGCACCAUCAGGGACCUUGCUGUGGCCGGGCCAGAGAUGCAGGUUAAACUGCUCCAGAGCCUGGGCCUGCAAUCAACCCUCAUCACCGAUGGCUCCACUCCCAUCAACCUCUUCAACACCGCCUUGGGUCUGCUGGGGGUGGGUGCUGAGGCCCAGCCUCAAGGCAAGAAGAUGGCUGGUGGACCCAGACCUCAAAAAGGCCUACUUCUCCAGGGCCCUCCUUCUGCCCCAGCUGUUGAAAGCGACCACAUUGUGCCUUAGCUCUGUACUGCACUGACAAAUAAAGCAGGCAUUUCUGAGCA